CAGGCCUCAGGAAAGCAGUCACUCACCCAAACAACUGCUCCACUCAGAGCUUUACCCUAGAUCCUGUUCUAUAGGGGCUUCUGUAGCCACAGCUGGACGAGAAGCUGAAGGAGUUGAUGACAACAACCAAUUAAUUCCUCUAAGAGAUUUUUUGGAAACUUUCAGGAUGCAAUUCUCCAGGGCCUUUGCCUGCUUCUCCCUGGUCCUUCUACUAGAUGUGGGAGAUUCUUUGCCUCAACACAACUCUCAAGUAGCCCAAAUGGUCACAAACUUUGGGAUGAAGGUGUUUCGGGAAGUGGUCCAAACUUCUGGGGAUGGCAAUGUAGUCUUCUCACCAUAUGGAGUAGCCUCAGUUCUGGCUAUGCUGCAACUCACAACUGGAGGGAACACCAGGAAACAGAUCCAAUCAGCAAUGGAAUAUAGUGUUGAAGAAAAAGGUCUGGCUCCUGCUCUCCGAAAACUCUAUAAGGAGCUCAUGGCACCUUGGAACAAAGAUGAAUUCAGUACAGCCAAUGCUAUCUUCAUCCAGCGUGAUUUGGAACUUGUCCAGGGUUUUAUGCCCUAUUUCUUUAAAUUAUUCCGGAGCAUGGUCAAGCAGGUGGACUUCACUGAGGGAGAGAGAGCCCGGUUCAUUGUGAAUGACUGGGUACAGAGGCACACAAAAGGCAUGAUUAGUAACUUGCUGGCAGAUGGAACCAUUGACCAGUUGACCAAAAUGGUGUUUGUCAAUGCACUUUACUUCAAAGGCCAGUGGAAGCUACCUUUUCCAGCCAAGGGAACUCACCAUCGCCUCUUCCACAAAUCUGAUGGAAGUACUAUCUUUGUGCCCAUGAUGGCUCAGACCAACAAGUUCAAUUGCACUGAGUUCUUGACCCCCAGUGGACAUUACUAUGACAUCGUGGAACUGCCCUAUCAUGGUGAUACCCUCAGUAUGUUCAUUGCUGCUCCCUAUGAAAAGGAGGUGCCCCUCUCUGCCCUCACCAACAUUUUAGAUGCCCAGCUCAUCAAUCAAUGGAAGGGCAAUAUGACCAAACUGCCCCGUUUGCUGGUUCUGCCCAAGUUUUCCCUGGAGAGUGUAGCUGACCUCGAAAGGCCUCUGGAGAACUUGGGGAUGAAGGAUAUGUUCAGGCCAGGCCUGGCAGAUUUCACCAGACUUUCUGAUAAAGAAAUACUCUAUGUGUCCCAGGCCUUACAAAAGGUGAAGAUUGAAGUGAAUGAGAGUGGUACUGUGGCAACCUCAACUACUGCCAUUAUUGUUUCUGCUCGAAUGGCUCCCCAGGAGAUCAUCAUGGACAGGCCCUUCCUCUUUGUAGUCAGGCACAACCCUACAGGAACAAUUCUUUUCAUGGGACAAGUGAUGGAACCCUAAGAGAUAAAGCCUUCUGCUUGGGCAAAGGAAUGUUCAUUUGGAACAAACUAAAAAGUGGCAUACACAAAAAGACCCUCUGAAGAAAUAACUUUUUUUUUCCUAUUUCUCUUUCUAGAAAAAGAAAAAAAAAACCACUUUCCCCUUUUAAAAUCUUAUCCUCAGGUCUUAGUCUCUCACAUAAGAUUCUACGAGUCUUCUUUCCUCCCAUUAAAGGGAGAGACAGACAAUGAAGCAAUUUCCAAGAAAUCCCCAAGGCAGACUGUUAAGACAUGCAGGGUCACUCAGAUACCUACUUCUGUUUAGUCAACCUUCUGCCCCCUUGUUCCCACUAAGACUGAGAAGGAAAAAAACAAGACUUAUGGGAGCUUUAGUGUGCUUGGUAGAAGCUAUUUGCUUCCAAGUCAUGUUGCUUUUACUCUUCCACUGUCUGUCACUGCUGAGGAGGCUGGUAUCAGACCAGAGGAGGUCAAUAGAAAGAAUAUCAUUUAUUCCUAUUCUAAUUGGAUAUCGACCAUCAAUCCCUUCAAAGAAAAGAAGAUGUCUAAGGUUGAGAGAAAAGAUAGCGCCAAGACUCACUUUGGCAUAGUACCUUCCCUAGAAAACAGAGUGCAAAGAUUACUUUGGACUCUGAGGGAUUUGUUUACUGAGAGAAACUGAACUUUUGCUCCUCUACCCUUUU